AUGACUGGCAAUCGAGGUCCUCAAAUAAUAGCAGUUGUCGUUACCUUUUACAUUACGAGUUUAAUAACGAUUGGUCUUCGAUUCUAUACUCAUGGUUUUAUUCUCAAGCGCUUCUUUGCCGAAGAUUACAUAUCACUUGUUGCACUUGUUCUCUACACUGGAUAUUCAGCAUGUGGACUUCUUAGCGUGAAAUAUGGCCUGGGUCAACACGUUGUUGACGUCCCACCUGAAGACCGUCCAAAUGCCAUCAUGUACCGCUGGAUAGUUUCUGUGCUGUAUAUUGUCCUUUCGCUCCUCACAAAAUGGAUAGUCGGCCUCUUCCUGCUACGCAUAUGUCCCGCUAGACGAUGGCGACAAAUUACCAUCCGCACCUUGCUAGGCGUCGUUACCAUUUUCAGCAUCAUCUACUUCUUUAUCGAUAUCUGGAGUUGCCAGCCAGUAGAGUACAUGUGGACGAGAUACAACCCAAUCCCACCCGCUGAAGGAACUUGUAAUGCGGCAAACUAUGUCAUUAUUCUCACAUUGGCAUCCGCUCUCCUCAAUGUCAUUGCCGACGUCGUAUUGCCGCUCCUCCCUGCUACAUUGAUAUGGAAGGCUCAACUACCACGCCGAGAAAAGAUUUCGGUCAUCUGCUUGCUCUUAUUAGGGUCCAUAGCCUCGGUUGCUACCAUUGUUCGCAUACCAUAUGCAAACGGCAUGCUAGACAACCCGGACUACCUUUACACGUCGACCGACUUGGGCAUAUGGAGUACACUAGAAAUUGGAAUCGCCUUGACGGCUUCCUCUCUAGCGACUCUGAAGCCCUUGAUGAAGAGGAUACGUGUCUUUAGCAGUUUCUCCGACUUGAACUACUUGACGGCCGGUAGUCGCGGGCGGGCUAACAACACGGCGUCUUCCACGAAUGCCGCUGGCGGCCAAUCUAAUACCUUGGCGGGAGAUAACCUCGAAACUGUGCUCUCUGCUAAUGGUGAGAGACAAGAGCAAUGGCCAAAUAGGAGAGACAAUAAAGGGUCGAUGGAUGUAGAGCUGGUGGCAAAUUAUAGAGGCACAAAUAGUCCCAGCCGGAGUCAUGACACUGAUGUUGAAUCUGGCUAUGAUGUAAAAGGGACGCAAAGCAGGUCCUGGCUGCGCGACUAA